AUGGAUGCUCAGAGUUCAGCCAAAGUCAACACAAGAAAGAGGAGGAAAGAGGUACCUGGACCCAAUGGGGCAACAGAAGAAGAUGGAAUUUCUUCAAAAAUGCCACGCUGUGCAAUUGGCUUACAGCAGCCAGCUCCUUUUUCUGAUGAAAUUGAAGUAGACUUUAGUAAGCCCUAUGUCAGGGUAACUAUGGAAGAAGCCAGCAGAGGAACUCCUUGUGACCGUCCUGUGAGAGUUUAUGCAGAUGGAAUAUUUGACUUAUUUCACUGUGGUCAUGCCCGGGCUCUGAUGCAAGCAAAGAACCUUUUCCCUAAUACAUACCUUAUUGUAGGAGUUUGCAGUGAUGAGCUCACACACAACUUCAAAGGCUUCACAGUGAUGAAUGAAAAUGAGCGCUACGAUGCCGUGCAGCACUGCCGCUAUGUGGAUGAGGUGGUGAGGAAUGCCCCCUGGACCCUCACGCCAGAGUUCCUCGCGGAACACCGGAUUGAUUUCGUAGCCCAUGAUGACAUUCCUUAUUCUUCUGCUGGGAGUGAUGAUGUUUAUAAGCACAUUAAGGAAGCAGGCAUGUUUGCUCCAACACAGAGGACAGAAGGUAUCUCAACAUCAGACAUCAUCACUCGAAUUGUCCGGGACUAUGAUGUGUACGCCAGACGGAACCUACAGAGGGGCUACACGGCAAAGGAGCUCAAUGUCAGCUUUAUCAAUGAGAAGAAAUACCACUUACAGGAGCGGGUUGACAAAGUAAAGAAGAAAGUGAAAGAUGUGGAGGAGAAGUCAAAAGAAUUUGUUCAGAAGGUUGAAGAAAAAAGCAUUGACCUCAUUCAGAAAUGGGAGGAGAAAUCCCGAGAAUUCAUUGGAAGUUUCCUGGAAAUGUUUGGUCCAGAAGGAGCACUGAAACAUAUGCUGAAAGAGGGGAAAGGCCGGAUGCUGCAGGCCAUCAGUCCAAAGCAGAGUCCCAGCAGCAGCCCCACUCGGGAACGCUCCCCCUCCCCGUCUUUCCGAUGGCCCUUCUCUGGCAAGACUUCCCCGCCAUCCUCCCCAGCAAACCUCUCCAGGCACAAGGCUGCAACCUAUGACAUCAGUGAGGACGAAGAAGACUAA